UCACUUUGUAACAAAGCGUCUACCAACAUUGACGAUAAUUUUCUGCUUUCACUUAUGAAUGAUUUCGAAAUAAGUUAUUUUUGGGUCCGAAAUCCGUUAAGAUAACAUGGCAAACUGGAAAAGACUGCUUCCGAAAACACCCACGGAUACAAUCGCUUAUAUUUUUACACUAUUUGGGAUCAAUGCAAUAUUUUUUUUUGAGCUUUUAUAUGUCCUCCCGAAAAUUGUUACAGAGGAUUAUGAGUACAGUUCAUGGAAGUGGUAUUUUCACAUGACAUGUGGGUGCGUCAUCUAUUUGAAUGCAUUGAGUAGUUUUUGGAAGAUCAUAUCAACAGAAACAAGUGUCCGAGGACUCAUGUUACCCAGCAUUCUUAAGCCAGGAUGGAGGUUCUGCCAUAUAUGUGAAUGUAAUGCGCCACCUAGAUCAUUUCAUUGUUACACCUGUAAAACAUGCGUACUUCGCCGAGAUCAUCAUUGUGUUUUCACUGGGAAUUGUGUAGGGCACAAAAACCAUCGUUACUACAUGAUGCUGUUGUUUUAUAAUGCCCUUGCGGGUUGGUAUGCAACUUUUAUGAAUAUCAGUAUUGCCUGGACUAUAGUGGGAACUGAAUGGUUUCCUUUGUCACUACUCAAGCUCAUUUUUCCAUUCUUUGCCUGGGUUAUAGGUUAUGUUACCUUCAAUGAGAUGCUACUAUCGGCCAUUUUGCUGCUGUGCAUUGCUGCAAUGUGUGCAAUGACGGGACUACUUUCAUACCAUUUGAAGAAUCUUUAUCGAGGACAGAUAACGCAUGAGAGUACGCAUAAUGUACUCAAAUAUGAUUUGGGAUGGAAAGAAAACGUGAGAGCUGUGAUGGGUGAAAACUGGAGAGUGGGGUGGUUAUCACCUUGGUUACCAUCUCCUCUACCCGGAGAUGGUUUAGAAUUUCCUUUAGCUAGUGUUUAUGAAGCUCCAAAAGAUUUAUAAAUAGUAAUUACCUUUUUCAAGGGAGGUAACUUUAACAUAUAAGAAUUCAACAAAAUCAUAAGUAAAGUGUUUUGAUAUAGAAAAAAAUCAAUUUUGUAUUAAUAUCUAUGUGUGGUGUAUUCUUAAUGGCAUUUUUUUGUGUUGCCUGAAUUAAAGUGAAUUUUAGUAUAUUUUAGAAAUCUGAAUAAUAUUAGAGACUAGCGAGUAUAUUGAACAAUUAUUUGUCACCAGUUUGUUAAAUUGUUAUUGAGCUAUGUUAAGAGUUUGAAAUGCAUGACUUUGUCUGAUAAUUUUAUUUUAUUUUCACACUGAAGCAAACCGUUUUGAAGUAAGAUUUUUUUCAACUUUGUUUCAACGGAAAUGUUUUCAUGAUAAACAAAUUUGAUUGCUGGAUACUUUAUGUCUAUUAUUGUAAAAGCUCUCAUUGAUUCAUUUCAAAGUAUAUCAACGAUAUAUCGAUAUUAUAAUAUAUCAAAUGACAAACUUCAUCAAUUUACUGACUUUUAUUUAUUUAUAUUACAUUUUUCAUAGCCACAUUAUCCUAUAUUACAUUUUACAUAGCCACUUUAUCCUAUAUAACAUUUUUAAUUAAUAUUGAAAUUAAUUGAUAAUGGAUUUUUUUUUCAUUAAGAAAUCAAUUGAUAAUGGAUAUUGUUAAUAAAUUAUUUGAUAAUGGAUUUUAUUCAUUAAGAAAACUCUACUGCUGGUUUAGUAAUAUUAUGGAAAUAGUGCCUUUUAGAUAAUAAUUUUUGUAUAAAUCAACUGUAAAUUUAACUAUCAAAGCAACUGUUUUAAAUUUGUAUUGUAUACAUUUUUAGGUCUUUUUUUUGUGAUUUGAUUUUGUGCCACAGUAGCUUGACAUAUUUUGUAUGUUUUUUGUGUUUUUGUACCUUUGUAAAAAUUUAUAGAAUUUUAUAUUUUCUCAUCAAGGCUCCUUUUAUUGACAGAUAACUUUUAAGGUUACAAUGCAUUGAACUCUGGGAAGCGGUCAGGGUUAAGAUCACUGUGUCAAGAAAUAAUUUUUCUACUUUUUCUGAAUGUUUUUUGAUGUGCCAAAAUGGCACCAGGAAACCAAUCAGUGUUUCUUACAUUUUUAGCUCACCUGUCACAAAGUGACAGGGUGAGCUUUUGUGAUUGCUUUAUGUCCGGCGUCCGUCCGUCCGUCGUCCGUCCGUAAACUUUUACUUUAAAUGACAUCUCCUCAUAAACCACUAAGCCAAUUUCAUCCAAACUUCACAGGAAUGUUCCUUUGGUGGUCACCUUUGGAAAUUGUUCAAAGAAUUUAAUUCCAUGCAGAACUCUGGUUGCCAUGGCAACCAAAAGAAAAAACUUUAAAUAUCUUCUUCUAAAAAACCCAAAGACCUAGAGCUUAGAUAUUUGGCAUGAAACAUCUUCUAGUGAGUGUCUACCAAGUUUGUUAAAAUAAAAGCCCUGGGGUCAAAAUUGGCCCCGCCCCAGGGGGUCAUUGAUUUUCCCUAUAUGCAUAUAGUAAACACUUUAAAAACUUGUUUUAAAGAACCCAAAGACCUAGAGCUAAGAUAUUUAGCAUGAAACAUCCUCUAAUGGGUGUCUACCAAGUUUGUUCAAAUAAAAGCCCUGGGGUCAAAAUUGGCCCCGCCCCAGGGGGUCAUUGAUUUUCCCUAUAUGCAUAUAGUAAAAACUUAAAGAACCCAAAGAGCUAGAGCUAAGAUAUUUAGCAUGAAACAUGUUCUAAUGGAUGUCUACCAAGUUUGUUCAAAUAAGAGCCCUGGGGUCAAAAUUGGCCCCGCCCCGGGGGCAUUGAUUUUCCUUAUAUGUGUAUAGCAAAAACUUAAAAAUCUUCUUUGAAAAAACCCGAAUAGCUAGAGUUUAGAUAUUAAGCAUGAAACAUUUUCUAGUAAGUGUCUACAAAGAUUGUUCAAAUAAAAGCCCUGGGGUCAGAACUGGCCCUGCCCCAUGUGUGUCAUUCUUUUUAACUAUAUGUGUAAAGAAAAAACUUGACAAGCUAGACCUUAGAUGUUUAGCAUGAAACUUCUUCUAAUGGGUGUCUACCAAGUCUGUUCAAAUAAAAGCCCUGGGGUUUAAACUGGCCCCGCUCCGGGGGCCUAUAUACAGGUGAGCGACUUCAGGGCCAUCAUGGCCCUCUUGUUCUUUUCUUGUUUAAAAGCAUUUUUUUAUUUAUUCUUUUUACUUUAAAAUAAUAGUGAUACUUAAUCAUGCUCCAACAUUGGGCCGCAGAGACAGUGGUUGCCAACUUGGGUAUUGGAAUUUUAGAAAAAUAUAGCUUUGUCUGAAUAAAUGUUAGGUAAUACAAAUGUAAAUGUUUGUAAUUUAGUGCUGUCAUAGAUGGAAAAGUUUGCAUCAAUAUAUCAAAAGCAAAAUAUCAAGAUAUAUAUCAAAUUAAAUACAUGUAGCUUCUAAUGUUUACAUGUCAUAAUUUUUUAUUGAAGAAUAACUAUCUAUAUUUUUAUGACAUCAUCAAUUCACCCGUAAAAUAACCAUAGUAAUGUUUCUUGUUGCCUAAUACUGUUGACAUAUGCAUGUAUACAAUUCAUGACAAAAAAAGAAAGGGGAAAAAAAACAAAAAAAAUCUACCUCUAUUUCAAGAACAGUGUAACAAUGCAUUGCUUCAAGUCUUACAUGUACAUGGGAUUGUGUAAAUGAUAUAAUAAAGUUUACAAUGUUUCAUUUUGUAUUCAUUCAAAUAGUGCGUAAUGAAGCAAAAAAAGAAUAAUUAUGCAAAAUAAUGUACACUUUUGACAGGUUUAAUAUGCUAAUAACAGUGGUUGAAAGUUUUAAGGUAUUUAUGUUCUAGAUUUGCCUUGGAAUGUUUUACAUUAAAAUAAAAUCCUGACAAUCUU